AUGCAGAGUGGAAUACAGAGUUACAUAGAAAACGGCUCGGAAGGGAUGACGAACAAGUACAACAAAAUCAAUAAGAGCAACUACGAAACGAGAAAGGCUGUGUUUUACGACAAGGGAAAUAAUAAAAACAGCUUUGAAAAAGAGAAUGGGGUUAAAUAUUUUAACGAACAGGACUUACAAAGUUUUUUCAAUACAUGGAAGCAGUGUUAUAAAGAGAAUAUAAUUGUUGAGGAAAGAGAAAAUUUUAUAGUGUGUGAUAAAGAGAAGGAUAUGGAAAAUGGUAAUAAUGAAUAUUUUAACUCUUAUAAUUAUAUACAUAUACAUGAAGAUAUGAUAAAAGAUGAAAUAAGAACAAGGUCAUAUUAUGAUGCUAUUCGAAAGAACCAGCAUUUAAUUAAAGAUAAAAUAGUAUUAGAUGUUGGAUGUGGAACAGGAAUUCUUUCUUUUUUUGCUGCAAAGUAUGGUGCAAAACAUGUAUAUAGCAUUGAAAAGAGUAAUAUAAUAUAUACAGCAUUGAAAAUAAGGGAUGAAAAUAAUUUAACAGAUAGAAUAACUCUUAUUAAAGGACUAGCUGAAGAAAUAGAGUUACCAGUUGAUAAUGUAGACAUUAUAAUAUCUGAAUGGAUGGGGUAUUGUUUAUUAUAUGAAAAUAUGCUUGACACAGUUUUAUAUUGUAGAGAUAAAUGGUUGAAAGAAGAUGGACUUAUUUUUCCUGAUAAAGCUUACAUGUAUAUAGCAGGAAUUGAAGAUAGCUUAUAUAGAGAAGAGAAAUUUGAUUUUUGGAAAAGUUGUUAUGACUUAAAUUUUUCAUCAAUUUUACCAAUACUUAAAGAAGAAGUUGUUAUAGAUUAUGUUGAUAAAAAUUUUAUUGUUACUGAUACUUGUUGCAUAUUAACAUUAAAUUUAAAAACAUGUAGUAAAGACCAUUUAUCUUUUGUUUCUCCUUUUAAAUUAAAAAUGAUUAAGAAAGAUUAUUUACAUGCACUGGUUAUAUGGUUUGAUGUUUCUUUUUCUGCUUGUCAUACAGAUAUUAGUUUUACCACUGGACCAUAUGGUGGUCAUACACAUUGGAAGCAAAUUGUCCUUUACACAGAGCAUAUUAUUACAGCAGAAAAGAAUGAAAUAUUGAACGGAAUUUUUGCUCUCAAAAAAAAUAAUAAAAAUAACAGACACAUUGAUAUGAAAUUGCAUUACAUAUUUGAUGGUGUGCACACAAAGGCGCAGUCAACGCAGUACUUUAAUAUCAGUUAA